AUGUAUUUAACAACUGCAUUAUUUGAGUCAGUAAAAAAUCCGUUAGAAUUAAAAAAUGUUGAUUAUGAUUCUCUUCCAUUACCAGUUCAAUUAUCACCUUGUAAAGCAUUAUUUAUUGACUCAUGUAUUAAUAGUACUGAAAUUCAAAAUCAUUUUCCAUUGUUUCAAAUACGAGAUAUUUUCAUAUUACCGAUUCAAGAAUAUUCUUCAAUUUAUGGAUGUCCAAUUUCUGAAGUACCAUUUAUUGAAACAACAAAGUCAUUAUAUAAAAAUUGUAAUUUUGUUUUUGAAAGAAAGGAAUGUUUUAAUUAUUUAUUUGCACAGAUGAGAGAAGGUAUUCAAUGGAUUAUUCAAAAUAAGGAUAUGUCAACACUCCAAAUAGUUUAUGAUAUAUUAAUGUAUUUUUUACAACAAGUUCAACACCUAGUAUUUUCUAUAAAGAAUUAUUUUAAUACAAAUAUUAUGAGUACUAAUGAACUUAUUAUUUAUCGUAUUGUUAUUCAACUUUUACAAUUAUAUAUUGAACAAACAAAGAUUUAUCUUUAUGAAUGUCAAACAUUUUUAACAACACAGAGUAUAACAUACCCAAUUACUGUAUAUUUAGUUGAGUCUCUUGUUCCAAUAUCAAUUAUGAAAGGAAAAGAAAUACAAAUGAAAGUAUUUUUAUUAUCAGGAUCUUCAGUUCAUUUACCAACAUUACAAGUUGAUUAUCCUAAUGUUAUUAUUACAUCAUCAAAUAAUUGUUUACCUAUUAAUGAAUAUCUUGAUUAUGAAAAAAACAAAUUUGAACCAUAUCCAUUUUGUGGAGGAUGUGUGUUAUGUUCAACAUUUAAUUGUACAACAUUAAAAGGAACAAAUAAAGAAAAAAUAGAAUUAAGAGUUUCAGUUUCAGUUAAUUUACCUAAAGAAGAUGGAAAUUUUAUUACAACAACAUUUUUAUCAACAAAUAAAAGAAGAAUGAUAAUUAUUACUAAUAAUUCUCAAUGGUUUAUUUCACAAAGUUCAUUAUUAAAUGAUGUAGUAUUUUCAAAUUCUAUAUUAUGUUCUGUUCCUAUUGAUAGAUUAUUCAAUUAUUUUAAUUCUAUUGCACUUCUUUCAUUAGAGUCACAAAGUAGACAAAAAUUACCAAGUUUUGAUUAUGAACAAGCAUAUUAUAUAACUGAGAGAUAUCUUCCAUCUAUUGGUUGUCCUCGUGGAGGAUAUAUUAAUGAAGAACGAUGUUUAUUUUGUAUUGACAUUUUAUUAAAAUACUUUGAAAUACUAACAAAAAGUAGAACAUUAUAUGUAUUAUAUUCACAAGGAUGUCUUUUUAGAUUUAUUGAAAAAAAUGAUUUAAGUGAUUUACUUAUUUUAGCACAAACUAAAUUACCAUUUAAUUGUCUUGUUGUAGCUCUCGUUUUUGAUGUUGAAAUGAAUUCUAAAAUUACUUUACAUUAUAUACUUGAAUCAACACAUUAUGUUUCAAGAAUUCAUCAUUUCAGAAAAACAGAAUUGGCUAAAGAAUUAAAUGACAUUUCAAUGAAAACUAAUAAUGACAUUGUGCUUCUUCAAUCAACCCAACCAUUUCCACCAUUUACAGAAAAUACUUGCUUUAAUUUUAUUAAUAUAGAAGAAUUAUUAAAUGGAUAUUCAUUUGUUGAAUAA